AUUCAACUGUAACUGACUCCUCAAUUUGGUUGUCCGCAUUGCCCUAUUUACUGGCAAAGCCCGUGAUAUGCCGCGUGCACCGAGCGCUGACCACGAGACUUGCGCGCCCAGUUCGCCGGCGUCUGCACACGCGCUGUUGUCCCUGAUGCAGUCGGUGGCUCCUCCGCCCCCCACCUCGCUCUGGAAGGUCGACAUCAAGUCAGAGACCCCCUCGGCUGCGUCUUCUCUCACGUCUUCACCUGCCGGCAAAAGUGAAAUCGAAGACGAAAAAACCGCGGCGGUUAAGGCAAAAGUGGCAAAAGUGUCAAAUGGCAAGCAAAAAAGCAAGAAAAUUAAGGAAUCCCAACCCAAGAAGCCUCGGAAACGAACCUACUACAUGCGGAAAGAGGAACUUGCCGUUCUUGGCGAAGAAUAUGAGAAGCUGCAGACGGAAAUGCAAAAAUACAAGCGGCAAAAUGGCAUUUUGGAGGACAGGGAGAGGAUGCGUCGCCUAGACGAGGAAAACAGGGGAAUCCGCAGCGUAAUUCACGCGCAACGCCUGGCAUUUGCCAACACCCAGUCCAUGAUUGCUCAGUACAUGCGGGUGCAAGAGCACAGUCCGUUUGAAACGUUUAUCCAGUUGGGAAAAGACCCCGUGGAACGUCACGCCACGUUGCUAUCGAUGAAAAAAAGGAAAUUGCACGACGCGUUGCAAUUUUUAGUGGCAAGACGGAGAUUUAUGGAUCCUUCGACCCCUUUUUCCGACAAUCAGAAAUUCGAGAACGCACAGGGAGAUUUUUGCUACAUGGGGUUCGAUGUGACUCCGUUUGCCGGUGUACGGUCGGCACGUACAGUUUUUGACGUGUUGCUCAAUUUUUCGUACAAUUUGGAGAUCAGUUUGUCAGAGUUGCUAGGAGAUAUUACCAUCAAGGAAAACGACGAUCACUGGGAUCCUUCCGUGUCCCAACAAAAACUCGUUACCAAUGUGGCAAAUUUGGCAGAAAUGGAGACGAACAAUGCAAUGUUUUCAGAAUACCAUGAACGAAAUGGUCCGGCAGCUCUGGGCGUUGAGUUGCCCAAUGAAUCGGAGGAUUUAGGUGCACUAGGACACGGAGACGAGCUCGGAGUGAUCGCCUGCGACUUCGUAAAUGAAGACGAACUGUAUCCAUACCUGUCUGGCCGUCGGAUUCGGCAAGAUGUGACGGUGUUAAUGCUUGUAUCCACUUGCACGAGGCCGAAAGUGAGGCCUCGGAUGCAACAUGGACCAGUGGAAAUGGAACAGGUAGUGAUUCUAACUCGUUGGUCGCUGCUGCGUAUCCGCAAGUCGUCGAUUCAUUUGCCAUUCGAAGCCGUCCAGCGUCUUCGGAACGGUAUCGAACAGGUGGGCGAGGCGAUGCUGAAUAAUGUACGCUACGCUUUAGCUCCACGGGAACCCACUCUGCCGUCAGGAGACUUACCACCGAUGGCGAUACUCCCAGUAGCACCGCCGCCCUCAUUUGGAGGUCUCCCUCCGAUCAGAAGAUAUUAACCAUUCGACUCCAAGAUGGACUGGAAUAUGACACUACUUGCGCAAAUUACAAUUUUUCUACUAAUCCUACUUUGAUCCUUCGGAACAACGCGUGAUGUUCCAGGGUUUAUGGUUGACACAUUUUGACGAUGCUGCUUCUUGGAUAGCGUGAAGCAUAUCGUUGCCCAUAUUGAUGGACGUCUGAAGCAGGAAAUCCAUUGCAUUCGUCGAGGCGACCCCAUUUUGAUCCGGUCGCAAUGUUAGCAACACCCAGCGGGUCAUUACGAGACACGGUACGCGUUUGUCGUUGCCUUGAGUCCCGCUAUGAUUACGACGAGAUCCUCUCGAAAUCGUGAUCACUGCGUUGACAUCUUCUCUCAAGAAUUCAUCCGGUCGAAAGGGAUGCAACUCGUCUUCAUCCACUGAGUCAAUUACCAGCAACCCAAGAGGUUCACUAUGUCGCUCUUCACUGGGUUCGGACUGUGAUCCGAAAUUCGGAACUUGCAGUUCCGAAAAAACCACAAAAUUCGAUUCCGUGGGCAGAUCCGGCGAUGUGUCCACUUGGAGGCGACUGUGCACUACACCCGAGUCAUCGCCAGUGUAGGGAGGCACCAUCGUGCCCAUACGCUUGGAGUAUGCACAAGCAGCUCGAUAGGCGUGUUCAAUGUCCUUGACUUCCACUCCGGAGUCAAGUGGAGUCACGUCAAACACCACCGAGCAAAGAGAUCCCGAGUCUGUAGGGAACUGGGCGGUCUCGCGACGUUGCUCGGCUGGGUCUCUCAAAAAUUGUAUGCGUUUGUCCAUGAGCUGCUUGGCAUCUCGUAGUUUUUGAGUCUUCAUACUUUCCAACACUGAGCGGCGUUGCUGGAUAUCACAGCCGAGAUGGAUGAAGGUGUUGAUGGGGCACUGAUCCUGUUGUAUCGAGUACUGGAAAAGUAUUGUCAGUAUGGGAAAAAUAUCUUGGUCCUAAGACAUUAAACUUACCGCGAGUUCCGACAGUGCUGACUGAGCACUGAAGAGCUGGAAGUGCUGGUUGCGCACAGCUUCACGUAGCAGAUGGUUGUGCAUUUCUUGCUCGAAAUACUUGUGAUCUGUUCGUCUCACCACCGCUCGUUCAAAGCACUCGGGUCUGAUGG